AUGAGAAAACGCGGCCGAGCUAUUUACACGAAUUACCUCGGAAAAGAGACAGGUUACUGUUACAUUUUAGUGAAAUACUCCAAAAAUUGGAAUUUUCAGUUUUUCGCAAAGACUUUGUUGGCUGGCUUAAGGUACCGACUUCAGUUAGGAAGCGAUUCUCCUGAUAAAUUGGUACAAUUUUAUUGUAAUUCAUUUGAAAAUGGAAAUUCUUUCAGCAUGUUGCCAAGCCUCUUUUUGGCGAUUCUUUUGUAGCUCCAGAUCCCUUUCCUGACGAUGGACCGCUCGAAUUCGAGAUUCAGGGUACAGUUUUUUGGAUUUUCGGACUCAUUAUAAUGAGAAUGAGGUUCACGAAAUCAUCUUCGGACAAAGUUCGAAAGGGUAGAAAAGGCUCCAUGAAAAUUUUUCUUUUUUGCUUUCCUUUUACGGCAUUUCAUCGUCUUUUAUGCCCCAUUUCUGCAGCCAUCUAACCUUUAUCUAACCUUUCUUGAGCCUUUAUAGUUCUAGGGAAAAAGAAAGGCUCCAUAUAGGGACUCUUUUGCUGCCAUUUUGCGACCUUUUUGCUGCCAUUCUGCGGCCUUUUUGCUGCCUUUUUGCUGCAAUUCUGCGGCCUUUUUUGAGCCUUUCCCUUUCAGCGGUCAUUAUCAAAAAUUCAGAUUUUGCCAAAGAGUUGGGAAACGAAACCAAAAAAUCUAGCAAUUUUUCUGAUUUCUCUGCUAAUUUUGAAGAAAAUUUGAAGUUUCCAGGCGUUCCGACAGACCAAGAGCCUCAUGAUUCUGCCAGAUACGAUUACAACUUCACGUCGUUGAACUUGGUACUUCUUGAUAUAGUCUGUGUGCCACGCCUUGAAAUUUCUCCAAACGACAUUCCGCUGUUCCGCUGCGUGCGCUCGCGAAGCGUCUUUCGAAUCUAGGUCACGCUUUCAAUGGAUUGUCAUUGCUGUGAGAGCACAUGAAAGCAGAGUACCUUAAUAAAAGAAAAAAAAAUUAAAAGCGCGACCAAGGUUCGCAAAGGCGCGCAGCGGCACAGCGGAAUGUCGUUUGGUGAAAUUCCAAGUCGUGGUACACAGACUAUAGAAUAAAUUGAAAUCGAUAAGCUUUCAAUUGCAGUACUCCUAUGAUCUGUGGAACAACGCCUUCAACCCGUUCACUUUGCCAGAGUUUUUGAUAAAUGCAGCUGAACCUCCUAGCAAUGUUCAAAUUUUCAACGAGUCUCGGCAUGGUUCUCAAAAAAAACCUGAACUAAAGAGAAAAUAUACAACAGUUUCAGCCUUGAGCAGAGCCGACACGGCCAGACAAUUUCAUCGGUAUUUGGGCGGAAAUCAACCAACCGAGCAAUUCACAAGUUGCAAAGGAAAAUAGUUAUUGAAAAAGUCGGGUUUUCAGUUGUUAUAACGACUUUUGACCGGGACGAGAUGCUCAACUCGACUCUGAAAAGUUUCCACAAAAUCGCCUAUCUGAACAAGGUUCCAGAAUGAAUGAAUAUUGUGCCUCAUGGUUUCAGAUCGUUGUCGUGUGGUGCAACGAAAAGAGAAGUCCGCCCAGAAAUUGGCCUCAAAUCCAAGUUCCCAUCGAGUUUGAACCUUCGGCUCUCCCAUGAAAAAGGCCUUUUUCAGAUUCGUUUCCGCUCCGGACAGUUUGAACUCGAGGUUCAUCCCCUUUGACAAUAUCAAAACGGAGGCCGUGCUCUCCUUGGACGACGACAUCGUUUUGAGCCACGAGAUGGUUCUUUUCUCGUUCCGGUAUGAAAAAAGAUAUAGCCGAUUCAUAGCUAACUUGGGACGCUGAGGGGCGUGGCCCGUCUGCGCUCUUCACAAGCCAGGCAUACUUUUCGUACCAGGGCCUUUUUUUGAUGGCUCAAACCAGCCGUGAAUCAGCUGUAUAGUUGGAUGCACUCUUGAAAAAAAUUACCAAAAAUCAAAAAAACUUUCUCAAAAAUCGGCAUUUCUUUUUUACCGUCAGUGAGACUCUGGUUAGAGGAAAUGUUGAAAAAAACGUCAAACAAAGUUUUUUUUAAAAAUUAGAAUCAUCUCCCUGAAGAAAUCCAGAAUAAUUGUAUAAUAAUUUUCCCAGAGUCUGGCGAGAGAACCGGGAUCAGCUCGUCGGUCUGGUUCACAGGUCGACCAAGUACAGUGCAGGCCAUCCGGUUUACGAACCCAACGGCGCGUGUCAAUUCAGCUUGAUCUUACCGACGUCGGCGUUUCUUCAUAAGGUGAUGUCAUAGUGAAAGUUGUCGAUGGGAUGCCUCGGCCCACAAAAUUGAGAAAAAAAAGUAAAAAUGUAGAAAACGAAUGAAAAACAAGCUGGUGAAAAUGUUAAGAAAAAAAAGCCCAGUCUUAUAGUCGAUGUGCCACGACUUGAAAUUUCAUGGAACGACAGUCCGAUGUUCUUGUGAUACUAGUGCGCGCUGUCGCGAAGCGCCUUGCCUUUUGCGAAUUUCGGUCGCGCUUUCCAUUUUUUUCUUUUAUUUGAUGUAUAACUUUUUGACAAUGUUUUUAAUUGUUUUUAUGUGCCAAAAACGGAACUAUUAUUGCUUUUGCACAGAAAAAUAGUCAAAAUUUCAAAUGAAAGAAAAAAUGGAGAGCGCGACCGAAAUUCGCAGAGGCAAGGCGCUUUCACGGCCACAAGGCCACCAAGCGGAGUGUCGUUUCAUGAAAUUUUAAGUCGUGGCACAUCGACUAUAUCAGCAGAUCUGAUCAUAGUUAUCGAGACAUCUUCGUCUCAUCUUUCCCAAUUUCAGACCUACCUCGAAGCGUACACCUACCAAAUGGAUCCAAGCGUCCGUGAACACGUCGACGCGACAAUGAACUGUGAAGACAUUGCGAUGAACUUCCUCAUCGCUCAUUUAACCAAGAAACCGCCCAUCAAAACGACUCUUUAUCGAGAUUUCAAGUGA